UAUAAACUAAUUUUGUUUUUUUUUAACUAAAAAUAUAACUGAAUACAUUUUGGCCAAGAUUUAUGAAUAUUUAUUUGCAAACUUUUAGAAGAAAAACACUUUUUUUCAACAUUUUUGGACAUUUUCAUUCAUAUAGAAAAAAAAUAAAAAUCCCAGUGGUGAAUAAAUACCACCAAAAUAAAGUUUUAUCUGUCUCAAAAAAAGCUAACAAAAAAUCAUAUGGGUACAUUGUUGCAUGACCGCGCAAUUGUCAUUCAAAGUGUGAUAGCAUGGAAAG